UAAGGUCCAGCCUAGGUCUCGGGCUGCGCCGCCAUCAUCACUGUCCCCUUUCCGUCCAAAUGAGUGAAAGCGAGGGCGCCGGAAUGAGACGCCGCCUCCCCGGCACCUCAUCGACGGCGCCUGCCUCCCCGCUUGAAGUCGACGACCUCCUUCGUGAGAUCCUUCUCCGCCUCCCGCCUCAGCCAUCCUCGCUUCCCCGCGCCUCCGCAGUCUGCACGCGCUGGCGAGGGCUCGUCACCGACCCCAAUUUCCUCCGCAUCUUCCGCGUCCACCACCCGAAGCCGCCCCUCCUCGGCUUCAUCGAGCUUGGCCACAUGGGGAUCAAGUUCACCCCCAUUCUGGACCCUCCCGACCGCAUUCCUCCGGAGCGCUUCCACCUUGGACCCUGCAGCCGCGGUACCGAAGUACUCCAUUGCCGCCAUGGUCUCAUCCUCGUCAUAGACAUGGCGUGGAAGGAGGUCGUUGUGUGCGACCCCAUCGCCGGCGAGCAGCGCCACGUAGCCAUUCCGCCGGUGCUGAGGCGGUACGACCUCAACGGGGUGGUGCUCUGCUCUGCCAGCGAACAGGGCCACCUGCACGGCAGCUCCCACUCGAGCCCCUUCAAGUUCAAGGUGGUGCUGGUGGGGAUGUACAAACAGGAUCUCAUGGCCUGUGUCUACUCCUCCGAGGCUGGCGUAUGGGGCAAUCUCAUCACCAGAACCGCUCCAUCUGACCUUUUUGCUGACCGUGUUCCCGGGAUCGUUAUUGGUAAUGCUCUUUACUGGUUGUCCUUCAGUGAUCGUAUAGUGGAGUUUGAUUUGGAUGAGCACAACCUAGCCGUCAUCGAGGGGCCUCCUAUUACAUGUGAUUUCCACGAUGGCAGCAGUCAGAUCAUCCAGUCCGAGGAUGGUGUUGUUGGCUUAGCCAUAUUGUCCUACACACGCUUACAAAUGUGGCAUAGAAAUGUUAAUUGCCAUGGUGUUGCCACGUGGGUGCUGUGGAAGACCAUUGAAAGGCAAAACAUUCUUGGGCUCCCUCGGACCAUGGUAAACGGCCUUAUCAUGGGAUAUUCUCAGGAUACUGAUGAAUUAUUUAUAUAUGCGGAAGGCAAUGCAUAUAUGGUUCACCUUAAGUGGAUGCAAUCAAAGAUACUUCCUGGAAUCAAUCAGCAUAUCUAUAAGUACCAUCCUUUCACAAGUUUCUAUACACCAGAUGUUGUUCUGUUAUUCUAUUGCAAAAUCUUCUGCAUUAUGAAAUAUGAAUUACAAAAGGGAGUUAUUUGGCGCAGUCUUAUUUGUCAACUCAUCUAUGUAACGAUUCUAAAAAAAAAACCAAUCUAUGCACAACCAUUUGUGGAUGUGAUGAAGUUGACAUGCUGCACAAUCCAUAGGAUGACUGUCUAGUUUGGAGAGCUAAUCUGCUAUAAUGCUUCAACAGGUGAAACAAGGGCUGCUGCAGUUGUCCGUUGUCAACUGAGUUUGCCUCAUCAAACUCAUCGUAUCACUUUGGUAGAUGGUGUUUUGUGUCUGUAUGCUUUCUAAGAACUUACUGAAUCCAUGGCUUAGUCCAGCCAAGUUUCUAAUGUACCAAGAUUCUUUUGAAGACCUCAUCUAGGGAAUUCAGCUUCCCAGAGUAUUUUCUUUUUAAUACUCCCUCAGUUCCUAAAAAAGCUUCGCAACUUUUUCUAGAUAUGAACUAAUCUAUAGCUAAACAUGUCUAUAUACCUCCGUAUUUAGAGAAAGUUGGGAAGCUUUUUUAGAAACGGAAGGAGUACAUGGUUGUGCUUGGCAGCUCCUGUCUUUGGCGAUGAGUAUUUCAGCCCUAAGCUGAGCUGUGUUAUGAAAAACCAUGUCAUCGCAGUC